GCGCAUGCGUCUUUUUCCAAGCUUGGACAGCCAAGUGGAUGUCUGCGCCGUUCGAAGAGCGGAGCGGGCUGGUGCCCUGCGCCACUCCCUGGGGCUGCUGGUACCAAACCAUAGAAGAGGUCUUCCUCGAGGUGAACGUGCCGCAAGGGACCCGUGCGCGGGACGUGGAAUGCAGCCUGAAGAGCCGGCACCUGGCUUUGACCGUAGCGGGGAAGGAGGUGCUCAAGGGUAAUCUGUUUGACUCUACAAUAGCUGAUGAAGCAACCUGGACACUAGAGGAUCAGAAAUUGAUACGAAUCACCUUGACAAAAACCAACCGUGAUGCUGGAAACUGUUGGAGUUCCCUGCUUGAGAAUGAGUAUGCUGCUGAUCCAUGGGUUCAAGACCAAAUGCAAAGGAAGCUUACAUUAGAAAGGUUCCAGAGAGAGAACCCUGGAUUUGACUUCAGUGGAGCAGAAAUUUCUGGAAAUUAUACCAAAGGAGGGCCAGACUUUUCUAGUCUUGAAAGAUAGUGUGUCCUUUCAGCUAUAUUUCCUCCAGUUUCUACAAAGUGCAAAACAUUAAGCUUCAAAAUAGCUUACUGGUUUUCUUCUGAACAACCUUAAACCAUAAAAUAAUGAUUGUUACCAGACUUGCACUAACAGUAAUUAAAAAUGACAUUUCAUGCAUACUCCGAUCAAAAUUAUUUGUAUGAUGACACUGUUGUGCAAGGUUAACAGCAUACAGUUUCAGUUGUUACACUUCAAAUAGUUUAUUGAUAUGCUAGUAAUAUUUUUUUUUGAAAGUCUGUGAUCUGGCUUAUUCUUUGGCAAAGCAGAUAAAUAAAAAACAUUACUUCCUAAAUGCUCUGGCUUUCUCCACUGUCAAAUAACUAAAAUAAACUUUGAAAUUAUAUUUUCAAAUACAUUGUUGUGUGGUAUAAGAACACAUUUUGAAGGCAGGAUUUGCCAUUCUGAAAAUUUGUAUUAAGCCAAUUCCAACACUGUAUUUUACUUAGAAGAGUCAUUAAAACUACUAAUGUUAAAAUCUGGUAUAAUUAACAUCUUCCAUAAUUUUGUAUCAAAUUGUACUGUCAGUCAAACCAUAACAUGCAAUACGAUAGCCUUGGGUAAAGCCAUUUAGUGUUCAUAAAUUUAUCCCUGACUUACUUUAUAACAGGAGCUCCAGGGUGUACAUUCUCUUAAUGAAAUUCAGACAACCAUUUUAGCUAUUCCAUGCCAAAGAAGAUUUUUGACUUUUGUUGUUUUGACUAUGGGCACCUUUGUGUUACAUAUCAAACUGUCUGGAACACUUCAUAGAAUAAUUAAAGCAUGUGUAACUUUUUCAUGAAAGAUAGUUCUGCUUACACUGGUACUUAUGUUUUUCUGCAGCCUAAGGUGUGAUUUAUAGACAAGCAUGUAACAUAAAGAUAUAAAGAUCUGGAUUGUAUCCAGUGAUGCUAUUUGGACUACUCAAAUAGCUCAUUUUUGCAUCCCAAAUUGGCUCCAACAUGUUAGGGUAUAUGUUAGGAUAUAUAUGGACAAAAAAUGAGCUGAAUUCUCAUUCAGUGAUUGGAAAUUUACUUGGACAACAUAGCAUAUAUCUUUUGUUUAUAUAUGUAAGAAGGAAGAACAUACAUCAUAUGUAAUUAAAAAUUC